AUGGACAAAAUGUUGUAUGAUGCAGCAAUCCAAGGUGAUACGGUCACUCUUUCUCAACUCCUGGAAAAAGAUCCUUAUCUCAUUGAUCGAACCUUUUUAAACUGCGAAGAUAAGAAUACACUUCACAUCAGUGCAAUGUUAGGUCACGAAGAAUUCGCGCGAGCGAUUCUACAAGUGGAUUCCUCUUCAUGUUAUCAUAUGUGUUUGGCUCGAGACCGAGAUGGCAGAAACCCUCUACACCUUGCCGCGAUUAAUGGCAAAAUGAACAUCUUGAAAUUGGUGCAUGAACAUGAUGGCAUGAUGAAUGCAGCUCUAGAGAAGGCUGACAGGGGAGGCACUGUUUUACAUGUGUGUGUCAAGUAUAAUCAACUGCACGCCUUGAAAUUGCUACUCGGAGUUUUUACCAAUCCGGAAUUUAUAGGUGUCAAGAAUGAAGAUGAAAUUGUCAAUUUGAAGAACUCAAAUGGGAAAACCGCAUUAGACCUGUACCUCAAACAGGCUAAAAUACCACAACAGCAGCUCCACUUAUUCAGAAGAAAGAAAAACGAAGAAGGGAUCAUAGGUCCUUUCAUUGCAUCUGGAGGAGUAACCGGUGACAUUGUCACAGCUCGCGAAAAUCCUCGCGAACUGCUAAAGAGCCUAAUGUUCUUGGUUCUGUUGGUUGCGAUAAUAAUGUCGUUGGUGUCGGUUUCUUUCGCUUUUGCUACAUCACUUGUGACCAUAGUACCGGCAUCAGUCAGAGGGAAUUUGAAAGCAGGAAGUACUAUUCAAAUUGUGGUUCUCAUGGUGAUGUGUCUUCCGAUCAUCUCUGUUGUUUCAAGCACAUUUCGAUCAUUAUGUGGCCAGACAAUUCCUUGUCUUUCAGCAGUUGGUGAUGAACAUGAGAUCUGUUUUUGCCACGCCAAUUGA